AUGUCUGCCACACCUUGCCUAGAAACGUACCAGGCCCUCCAAUCCAUCGACAAGCUGCGAGGGAUUGUCAACUGGGAAUCCUGGAAGCUCCUUGUCAUGGCCAAUGCGCGUGCCCUGCGGCUUGCUUCGCACAUUGACGGCUCUGCACAAAGAAACCCACGGAUGCCUCGCGCAAGGGAAGCCUACGCCAGUGCCGAGGCGUGUGCCCGCGUUCUUAUCUUGGGUUCGAUUGCUCCGGAGCUGCUGCUGCGGCUGUGCGAGCUCGGACUCCAGGAAAACGCCUCUGCUUCCGACCUGAUGGCGUGGCUGCAUUCCAUGGUGAGCACGCGAGAAGCCGACGUAACGGCACAUGAGGAUCUGGCAAAACUCAUGCGCAUUGACCGCAAGGACUUCCCUUCCAUGGACGCCUAUGGCAAGGAAGCGCUGAAUCUGUGGGCACGUAUCAGGCACUGCUGGCCGAGCAGCGCAAUUCUCAUCGCCGCGACGUCCAUCUUAGAGGGAAUGAAGCAGUAUAAUGAGCACGCGUACCAAGGCUGGAAACAUUUUCUAGUCAUGAAGAAGGGUAGUGUUUCCCAACAAGAUUUACUUGGCCUUGUAGCGGGGCUGAGGGACCGCCAGGAUACACAACAAACGACGAUUGAAAGCGUAGAUGCAAAUGCCGAAGCAGACGACAAAUCGAUAUAUAGCCACUCGAGCACCAACAUUUAA